CGGGGCGAGCGCUGCGGGCUUGCCCGGGUACCAGCGCUGCCGCAUCCCCGCCGCGCUCCCAGCACUCGGGCCCAGUCCACCGCGCCGCUCCCGCUCCGCAGCCCGGAGGCAGCCCCCGCCGAGGCCUGGCAGAUCCAGACCCGAGCGCAGCGCGGUCCAGGCUGGGCGGCGGCACCCGCGGCGGGCGCAGAGCGGAGAUGCGGCGGCUCGGGAGCACCCUGCUGUGCCUGCUGCUGGCGGCGGCGGUCCCCACGGCCCCCGCCCCGGCUCCGACGGUGACCUCGGCUCCAGUUGAGCCGGGUCGGGCUCUCAACUACCCGCAAGAGGAGGCCACCCUCAACGAGAUGUUCCGCGAGGUUGAGGAACUGAUGGAAGACACGCAGCACAAACUGCGCAGCGCGGUGGAGGAGAUGGAGGCAGAAGAGGCUGCGGCUAAAAUAUCAUCAGAAGUGAACCUGGCGCACUUACCGCCCACCUAUCACAAUGAGACCAACACGGAAACCAAGAUUGGAAAUAAUACCAUCCAAGUCCACCGGGAAAUUCACAAGAUCACCAACAACCGGACUGGACAGAUGGUUUUUUCUGAGACGGUCAUUACGUCGAUGGGAGAUGACGAAAGCAAAAGGAGCCACGAGUGCAUCAUUGAUGAGGACUGCGGGGCCGGCAGGUACUGCCAGUUUGCCAGCUUCGAGUACUCCUGCCAGCUGUGCCGGGACCAGCAGACACUCUGCACCCGGGACAGUGAGUGCUGCGGAGACCAGCUGUGCGUCUGGGGUCACUGCUCCAAAGCAGCCACCAAAGGCGGCAAUGGGACCAUCUGUGACAACCAGAGGGACUGCCAGCCGGGGCUGUGCUGUGCCUUCCAGAGAGGUCUGCUGUUUCCUGUGUGCACACCCCUGCCCGUGGAGGGCGAGCUCUGCCAUGACCCUGCCAGCCGGCUUCUGGACCUCAUCACCUGGGAGCUGGAGCCUGAUGGAGCUUUGGACCGAUGCCCGUGUGCCAGUGGCCUCCUCUGCCAGCCCCACAGCCACAGCCUGGUGUACGUGUGCCAGCCCACCUUUGUCGGGAGCCGUGACGAGGACAGAGAGAGCCUGGUACCUGAGGAGUACGAGGAUGGAGGCUUCAUGGAGGAGGUGCGCCGGGAGCUGGAGAACCUGGAGAGGAGCCUGUCGGUGGAGAUGGCUCUCAGCGAGCUCGCGGCCACCUCGGAGCUGCUGGAAGGAGAGGAGAUUUAGACCCAGGCCUGUUCCGUGGGUAAACGUGCAAUAGAAGUAGCUAAUUUAUUUCCCCAGCUGUUUCCCUAGGUGUGGGCUCUCCAGGCUUUUUUCCACAGCCUCUCCCCAGUACACUUUCCCUCUGGCUUGUAACAACACGAGGGGCUGCACCCUCGUCCGGUGCCAACCCCCUCCCCAGACUGUACACCGUGCAUCGCAGUUCUGGUGCCUGGGGAAGAUGGGGUGUGGGAGGCUGAAGGCGGAACAGGGCUGCUAAACUGGUCCAAAUGAUUGGCUGCUUCGCCUCUGCUGCUUGGCAGAUGGCACAUUUUCAUUUUGUUAUGACAGCACCUUGAGAGUUGCUGGCAGGGAGGGGGCAGAAGGAUGCAAAAUUUCCCCACAGUAGGUUUUGGGGAAAGGUUGACUCUCAAACAUGUGGAGAAGAAGGCCCUGCUUUGCAAACCUAAACCUGCAAAAAACACAACCAAGUCAAUCUUUCAUGCCAUUUUUCCCAUUAGCACGGGCACGCACUGCCCUCAGCUGCAGCAGGUGAAACGUUCUGCUCACUCUGUGUUGCCUGCAUCCGUCCUCUCAGCCGUGUUCCUCAGCUCCUACCUCUGUGCCAGGGCAGCAGUUUCAUGUCCUCUCACCAUAGCCUGGUGAAAAGGGUCUUGGUCUCCCCAUCUGUCAGGAUCUCGGAGGCUCAGAGAUGUCAAGUUGCUUGCCCGUGUCACACAGCUAGUGAAGACCAGAGCAGGAUUUCACUCAGGUGUGGUUCCAAGCCCAGUGCUCUCCCCACUGCUCCCCACUGGCCUUGGUGCCACCAAAAGUACCCCCUACAAAGAGGAAGGAUGAGAUUUUUCUUUUUUGGGGGGAGGCACAUCUGGAACUAAGGUCAAACUAGUUCACACAUCCCUAUAAGAGUCAACUUCUACUGUUAAAAAUCCACAUUCUCCCCAGUGUAGGGGUGGUCCCCAUUCUAGUGGAGAUGGAAGGUACUGACAGUGUCCUCUGUGGCUGUAUGUUACAUCAGUACCUUUGAAGGGACACAUAACUGGAGCAUAAUAUGUAAGUUAACUUGCCAGAAACAGUACUUAGGUAAUUGUAGGGCCAGGACUAUAAAUGAGGUUUGCAAAAUCAUUUACCAGCAACUGAAGACCAUUACCAACCACACAGAGAAAAUCAAACCAAGCAAAAGGCUCUAUGAAAUAAUGGUUGUAAUAGCCAAGCUGAGAGCACUGAAUUGUAUGCUGUUCCAUAAAUGAUAUUUUCAGGUGUCAUGGACUGUUUCCAUCAUGUAUUCAUCCAGAGUUAUUAAAUGUUAAACUCACACACAA